AUGGUUUUGGAUGAGACAUCAGCCACAGGGCAUGUAAUGGCAUUACUUAGUGCAAUUAACAACGGUGCUGAUAUUAGGACUGGGAUCUAUGGCAUUGUUUGGUAUUCAUGGAGAUUAUUUGGACCAAGGGUUCCACAAGCACUAAUUGAUUAUAAUGUUGGAGUACAAAUAAACUUGUUUGGGGGAUACCCCACGACCAAAGAUAUAGUUCCAUCCGCAAUCUUUGCAGUGGUCUUCGGUUUAUUGGCCAUAUUUCAUAUUUUAAUAUUUAUUCUUAAUUUUUCAAGAGGACACUAUUUCUUCUUAUCUUUAGCAUGGGCAUUUUAUUGCAUACUUAGAGUGGUUGGUUGGGUUUUGAGAAUCACAUGGGGUCAAGAUAUUGUUAGAGUUAAAAUGGGAAUAGCUAAUGAAGUACUCCUUAUUAUUCCUUCCAUACUCUUGGUUUCUUUCAACUUGAUUUUGGCGCAAAGAUUAUUUACGUGGAGACAUCCUGUGGGAGGUUCAAGAAAACUAUUUUGGAGUUUUAUGUGGGUGUCGUAUGGAUUUGUUGCCGUUGUCACUGUGAUUACAAUAGUUGCAAGUGCAAUUCCAUAUAUGUAUUUUUUAUCGACGAGCCAGUUCAUGAUAUACCAAGCCUUAGUUAAAUGGUCAGCUAUCAUGAUUAUUGUUUAUUCAUUGACAUCUAUCAACUUGAUUGCACUUUCGUACUUCUUUAAGCCAACUGCAAAGGAUGAAAACUUGUAUACUUAUCAACCAUGGUGGAUAGAAUCCUUUGCUCCGUUUUAUUUUGUCAAAAAGAAUGCAGCUCGAGAAGCAGAAGAGACUUUCAUGAAGAGGAACCAUAACCAUAGGCAUGCUAUAAGAGUAAUUGCAGCAACUCACCAUCACUAUAAUAUGGUGGAAGGUUUAACGAAUAAAAGAGGCGAUUUAAAACACAACUUUUCAUUGAGUAUCAUCAUAUUUUCUACGCUAUUGAUAUUUGUUGCGGCAAUUAUGAGGGCUGUAGUCGUAUUCCAAGCUAGAAAGAAUAGAGACAUGUCAAGUGCUGGUGAUCGUGUUGCAAUGUACAUCAUGUGGGGCUUUUGUGAAGCAUUAAUAAAUAUCAGCUACAUUGUUGGCCGUGCUGACUUGAGGUUCUACAGGCCAGACGUGUUACCUGCAAAAGUUAGGGCGGUAAUCACUGCAGAGCAGACUAACUACCAUUCUGAUGAAGAAGAAGGCCCUGUCGUAUCUGAACAAGAAUCCGAGCAAGAAUCUGAUCAAGAAUCAGACGAAGACUACGACUUCGAUUUUGAUAACGAUGACGGCUUUGAAUUCGAAACCAAGAGAAGUCAACUUUCGGACCCUCCUAAUUACUACUCUCAGCAACAGAGAUUUGAAGACAAGGUCGAAAAGGGAGACGACGAGUCGGAAUUUUAUUUCUAA